AGUUGGACCAGACUCGGGACCGGCCCCAGACUUGGUUUUAUGGACGUGAAGUUCUGAGCUUGGUCCACUCCUCUGACCUGCUCCUCGAGUGAUCCGGCCCUGGUGUAGUCCCAGUCCUGAUCCCGUCCCGCUUUAGUCCUGGUCCCUGGUCCCAGACCCGUUUUAUUCCUCCUUUAGUCCUGUUCUAGUCCCGGUUUAUCCCUUUUAUUGAAGAUGUGUGACGAGGAGGAGAGCACGGCGCUGGUCUGCGAUAAUGGCUCUGGUCUGUGUAAGGCCGGAUUCGCCGGAGACGACGCCCCAAGAGCCGUGUUCCCCUCCAUUGUGGGACGACCCCGGCACCAGGGUGUGAUGGUGGGCAUGGGGCAGAAGGACAGUUACGUUGGAGACGAGGCUCAAAGUAAAAGAGGAAUCUUGACGCUCAAAUAUCCCAUCGAACACGGCAUCAUCACCAACUGGGACGACAUGGAGAAGAUUUGGCAUCACUCGUUUUAUAACGAGCUGCGCGUGGCCCCUGAGGAGCACCCCACUCUGCUGACCGAGGCACCGCUCAACCCCAAAGCCAACAGAGAGAAAAUGACACAGAUCAUGUUUGAGACCUUCAAUGUUCCGGCCAUGUACGUGGCCAUCCAGGCGGUGCUGUCGCUUUACGCCUCUGGACGCACCACAGGUAUCGUCCUCGACAGUGGAGAUGGAGUGACCCAUAAUGUCCCGAUCUACGAAGGCUACGCUCUCCCUCACGCCAUCAUGAGGCUGGACCUGGCAGGACGUGACCUGACCGACUACCUGAUGAAGAUCCUGACCGAGAGAGGCUACAGCUUUGUGACCACAGCGGAGCGUGAAAUCGUGAGGGACAUUAAGGAGAAGCUGUGUUACGUGGCGUUGGACUUUGAGAACGAGAUGGGCACCGCCGCCACGUCCUCGUCUUUGGAGAAAAGCUACGAACUCCCCGACGGACAGGUCAUCACCAUCGGCAACGAACGCUUCAGAUGCCCCGAGACGCUCUUCCAGCCCUCCUUCAUCGGGAUGGAGUCCGCUGGGAUCCACGAGACGACGUACAACAGCAUCAUGAAGUGUGACAUCGACAUUCGAAAAGAUCUUUACGCCAACAACGUUUUGUCAGGUGGCACCACCAUGUACCCGGGAAUCGCCGACCGCAUGCAGAAGGAGAUCACCGCGUUAGCCCCCAGCACCAUGAAGAUAAAGAUCAUCGCUCCUCCUGAGAGGAAGUACUCUGUCUGGAUCGGCGGCUCCAUUUUGGCAUCUCUGUCCACGUUCCAGCAGAUGUGGAUCAGUAAACAGGAGUACGACGAGGCGGGUCCAUCCAUUGUCCACCGCAAAUGCUUCUAAAAACUACAAAAACUACAAAUCCUGCUCCACUUCCUGUCCCUGCCCCACACUUCUUGCCCCUCGCCCAAUCACAGCGCAGAGCUCUGAAUCGGCCGUUCCCAUUGGUCUGUAACAUGCACCUGAGCGUUUGAAUAAAGAAAGCUCUUUGACUCUU